CAUCUCUCCCCACCUCUCUCCCUCGCUCUCGUAGCCGCUCCCUUCUCCUGCGACGGCUGCUACUCUCUCGAGCGACUCUGGCAACGGCCGCUCCCUCUCUCGAGGGAUAAAUCGCUCUAUCUCUCUGUCUAAAACAUUAUACUCUCUUUCCGAAAAUCCCCAUCUCCCUGUCCGUACGACUCCACUAUUCCCUCUCUAAUGGCAGGCAAGAAAAGAAAAUCGCCGCAGCAGCUGCAGCACCAGCAGCCCUUGGGUGCUCCUGCGGACUACUCUUCCACCGCGUCCACGAAGCGUUCCCGUCUUCCUAAAACCCAUCAGAAGGAGCAGAAGCUCAUAUCUUCGAAUCUGACUUCGAAGAUUCUAAAAGAAGCCUUGAAUCAGCAGAAAGAAAUCCUCGAAGAAGAAGCUGGACCACAGACCCUAACUGCUUUCUCAUCUGUUGCCACUGAUCCGUCCGCCGCAUCGGACAGUGAUGGAGAAGGUGAUUUGGAUGCGUUUGAUGGGUUUUCAGAAACCCAAAGCCAGUAUGAUGGUCGUGUGGAAGAGAUUGAUGAGGAGGAUGAGAUGGUCUUGGCGGCAUUCAUGUCCAAGGAUGCUGGUCCACAGCGUACGUUGGCUGAUCUUAUCAUACAAAGAAUCAAAGAAAAGGAUGCAGAAGUAGCUUCAGCCACAGAAGUGCAGCCUCUUCCCCAACUGGACACAGCCAUCAUAGAUUUGUAUAAGGGAGUUGGUAAAUUGCUUAGUAGAUACGCUACUGGUAAAUUGCCCAAAGCGUUCAAGCAUAUUCCAUCAUUGGAACUUUGGGAAUAUGUGUUGCAUUUGACUGAGCCAGAGAAGUGGUCACCCAAUGCAAUGUAUCAAGCAACAAGGAUUUUCUCAUCAAAUUUUGGUGUAAGAAAGGCCCAACGCUUCUACAGUCUUGUCUUGCUUCCACGUGUUAGAGAAGACAUUCAAAAGAACAAAAGGCUUCAUUUUGCCCUCUAUCAAGCAUUGAUGAAGUCUCUUUACAAGCCAGCAGCCUUCUUCAAGGGGAUUUUGCUACCAUUAUGUGAGUCAAGGACUUGCAAUCUCAGGGAAGCCGUUAUUGUUGGAAGUGUCAUUCAGAAGGGCUCAAUUCCUCCACUUCAUUCAAGUGCUGCAUUGAUGAAGAUGGCAGAGAUGGAGUAUUGCGGCACGACAAGUUAUUUUAUAAAGCUUUUCCUAGACAAGAAAUAUGCAUUGCCCUAUCGGGUGCUUGAUGCGGUUGUUGCGCAUUUUAUGAGGUUCCUCGAGGAUACAAGGCUCAUGCCUGUAAUAUGGCACCAGUCACUUCUUUCAUUCGUGCAAAGGUACAAAAAUGAACUGACAAAGGAGGAUAAAGAUAAUCUGGAGCGGCUUCUUCAAUACCAGAAGCAUCAUUUAGUCACCCCUGAAAUUCGGAGGGAGCUCAAAAAUAGCCGUAACCGUGGUGAGAAGGAGGAUGACCUAAUGUCAAUAGCAUCUCCUAUCUCUGUCAUCAACAAAACAAUUGAGGAAGAUAGAUGGGAUUUUCCAGAAGUUCCCAUGGAGGAGGAUUAAAUGGUGCCACCAGCUUCUCCACAUUUUUGCUUUAUGAAAAGAAUCCCAAAGGGAGAUGGUAACUGAAGAUGCCGGAUGCGACAAUCUUCAUCGAUUCUGCAUGCCAUUUACUUGGGUAGGGUGCAAUUUUAUUUAUUUUUUAUAAUUUUAAUUUUUUUUUAAAAAAUUCUGAUUUUUGUAUUUGCUACUUAUUUUGAGUUGAUGAGUUAUAUAAGUAAGCUUGGGUGAAGAUGAAGAAUUUCUUAUAUGGAGAAGUGGUAUUCUUCUUCAAGUACAGAUUCCGUGUUGAUGAGAUGAAUAUCCAUAUGGUACGAAUGACCAUUGUGCUGGUUUCUUCUUAAAGAAUUUGAUCUUGCCGGAGUCAUCGAUGAGAUGAAUAUCCAAAUAUAAUGACCAUUAUGCUGGUUUCUUUCUUCAA